UCAAUCGCCAUUACCGACCUCUCUUCCUCCUUAAAACCUCCCUUUCCCCUUCCCCUCUUUCCCAUUUCUUCUUCCAACCAAACCACAAACCACUCUCUCCUUUUCUCUCUCUACAAUUUUCAUUUUUUUCUCUCUCUAUAUUGAAGCAAGGAAAUCGAGUUGUUUGUUAAUUUAAUUUUUGUACGCAAAAAAAGUUUUUAAAAAAAUGGCUCAGAGAACGGAGAAAGAAGAAACGGAGUUCAAGGCCGUACCUGAAACGAUAACGCUUUGCGUCAAUAAUUGUGGAGUCACCGGAAAUCCAGCCACCAAUAAUAUGUGUCAAAAAUGCUUCAACGCUACCACCCAUGCUACCUCAAUAUCCGCCAGCUCGCCGACGGGGUCGGUGGUCACGAUUCCUCACAAGUUCGCUGAGAAAUUGGCUAGAUCUGAAAGAUCGGCUCGAUUUAGCUCGUUGAGGUCGUCGCCGGAGAGGAAGUCCGAUCUGGAAAGAACAAGUCAACAUCUGACGGUGAAGGAGGAUAAACUGAAGGAAAGCGAACCCCCGGCUAAGAGAGAGGUGAAUCGUUGCUCCGGUUGUCGGAGGAAGGUAGGAUUGACCGGAUUCCGGUGCCGGUGCGGCGAAUUGUUCUGUGGUGAACACCGGUACUCGGAUCGUCAUGACUGUAGCUACGACUACAAAUCCGCCGGGCGAGACGCGAUCGCGAGGGAGAAUCCGGUUGUCAAAGCAGCGAAAAUCAUUAAGGUUUAAAAGGAAA